UGAGUGGUUAUCCCGACGGUUUUUACCUAGUGAUGGGGGUUGUCUAUCACAUUUAUAUUGAUGUAAUUGGCUGUGAACGUGUAGAGGGUAGAGAGUGUGCGCGAGCCUUGAACAUAGAGAUAGGUCCUUGUAAUUUUAUUGUGGGAAUAAAAUUAAAGGUUGGGGCGUGAUGUCUCCGUAAAUCGUUGUGUGUUGUUCAAGGUUGUUCAUGUGAUAUCCGCUGCAUGUGAACUUUGAUUUGUGCACAUUACACUCGAGAGCCUCAUACAUUCUAAGUGUCAAACGAGUGUUGGUGAGGGAAGAAGCUGGUCGGAUUGUGGGAAUUCGACGCUGUACGGGGCAAAAAAUUUGAGAAUGGAAUAAAAUAGAUAUUGUCGAGAGAUAUAUGCACAUAUUUAGAAAUUGUUUGAGGUUAGUUUAUUUUAGGGUAAUUAAGAUAGUUAGUAUAACUUCAAUUAUUUGUGUAGGCAAAAGGUACGGCUUAAGAGAAAGAUGAAAAACGUGGGAUAUACUAUAAUACUAGUACAUUCGUUCGUGCGAUGCACGACGAACAUAGUUUUGCAUCAAAAUUAAACGAUGUAGUAUGUGUAUCAGUUAAGGGAUUAGGGGUUAAUGUCUAAAACCGAAGGUCUUAGGUUCGAGCCCCCUGUGGCGCGGCCUUUAAAUUUCUUUAUUUAAUCAUGUUAAUUUAUCAAAAAUAAAUAAAUUAAAUGAUGUAUCAAAUAAAUAAAAAAUAAAUAUUAAAUAUAGUUAGAAUAUAAGUAAAUGUAAAUUAUUUUUUCUUAAAAAAUAAAAUAAUAUACAUCAAUUACUCAGUAAAGAUCCUUAAUUUUAUUUUAUAAUUUUGAAAAGUAUCGUUUUUAAUUUUCCAUCUAUUUGAUGGAAAACUUUAUUUUCUUCCCUAAAAUUAUAGAAUAAACACAUCAUUCAAAUUAAAAGAAACGAAGAAAUAAUAAAAAAAGAGUUUUCACAUCACAAUAUAUAUUUUUAAAACAUGAACUAAUCAUGCAUAAAAUUAUUUGUUCUAAGUUAGCUCAUUACCUAUGUCAUCUUAUUAGAAAAGUUUCAAUUGAUAAGUAGGAAAAUAAAUUAUAUUAUUAGAAUUUAUUAGAAUACUAAUAAAAGAGUUGAAUAAUUAUUUGAUAUCAAAUCAAAGAUCUUGCAUUUAUCUUUAAUUUAAGAUAUAUGUAGAAUAUUUUUUAUAAAUAAAAUUUAUUUUUUUUUAAAAAAUCAUCAAAAUAUGAAAAAGAGAAUAUGAGAGAGAGAGUAUAAAAAAUUGAAGAAUGUGUAUGAUGAAAAAGAUGAGAGAGGAGAGAGAAAAUAUAUGGGAUUUGUUGAGUUUUAUAAAUAUCAUUUAAUUGAUUCUUUAAUUACAAUUUUGCCACAAAUUGUGUUUUCAUAUAAUAAAUAGAUAAGUAACAAAACAUGGGAUUUUUUUAUUAUUUUUUUAUUAUUAUUAUUUUUUAUAUAAACAAUGGGAAUAAAAAUCACUAACCGACACUCCCAAUGAAACAAUGGGAUUUUUUUUUUGGAUAAACAUUGGUUCACAACCUCAAAUUAAUGUCACUCUCCCACCAAUAUUACACAAUCUGACAACACACACACCAAUAAUACACAAUCUGACAACACACACACAGAGUGAUCAAAAGUGUUGAAAUUAAAGAGUUGAUAUGAAUAAGGAUGGAAGAAGAAUGAGUGAAGAAAAUGAGGUUCAUGUUGUGAUGCUGCCAUGGCUGGCAUUUGGUCACAUGAUCCCAUUCUUGGAUCUCUCUAUUGCCUUAGCCAAAUUUGGCAUUCAUGUCUCCUACAUCUCUACUCCCCAAAACAUUCCAAGACUCCCCCAAAUCCCACCAAAUCUCUCACAAUUCAUCGAAUUCGUGCCCCUUCCUCUCCCCAGCCUCGACUCCGAUCCCCUACCGGAGAACGCUGAAGCCACGACCGACAUCCCAGCAGAGAGAAUGGAUGAUCUGAAGAUUGCUUGUGAUCUCCUCCAAGAACCUAUCAAGAAUGUGAUAGCUGAGAAAUCUCCAAGCUGGAUAAUGGUUGAUUUCUUUCACCACUGGGCAGUUGACAUCGCGCAAGAACUGGACAUCCCAUUAAUAUUUUUCUCCAUCUCAACUGCUAGCACAUUGGUCUUCUUCUGGUCGCCGGAGUUUCUGGCUGGCGAGGGGCGGAGGCAGGCGAGGCCGUCACCGGCCAACAUGAUGGCCCCUCCGGAUUGGGUGGAUUUCCCAUCGCAGGUAGCUUGCAGGAAUGAUCAUGAAGCUGUAGUCAUGCAUAAUCAAUUGUACAGGGCAGGAGCAUCUGGAAUAGAAGAUGCGGCACGGCUGGCUAAGUUAAUCCAAGGCAGCCAUGCUUUGGCCCUUCGUAGUUGCGUGGAGCUCGAAGGCGAUUACCUAAAAGUCUACUCUAAUAUCACCGGAAAGCCAGUGUUUCCGGUGGGAUGCCUUCCACCUGCAGAGAAGGAGGAGGAGGAGAAGAGGGUUGUGGCAGAAGAGCCAUGGAGUAAAAUCUUUGAUUGGCUCGACAAACAGGAGCCAACUUCCGUUAUAUUUGUAGGGUUUGGGAGCGAGUACAAACUGCAGAGAGAAGAGAUCCAUGAGAUAGCGUAUGGGAUUGAGCUUUCCGGGCUUCCCUUCCUGUUCGUGGUAAGGAAGCCCGACUGGGCAGGUGAUGUAGAUGAUCAGAUACUGCCGCCCGGGUUUGAGGCCCGGGUGGCGGGGCGGGGAGUGGUGCAGGUAGGAUGGGCACCCCAGAGGGAGAUUCUUGCCCAUCCUUCCAUAGGAGCUUCAUUGUUUCAUGCAGGAUGGACUUCUGUUGUGGAAGCUAUGGUUCAUGGCCACCGCCUAGUGCUGUUGCCCUUCAUUAUCGCGCAGCCGUUGGAUUCGAGGCUUCUGGUUGAGAAGGGAUUAGCGGUAGAGGUUGAAAGAGGUGAAGAUGGAUCCUUUACUAGAAAUGGCAUUGCAAAUGCGUUGACAAAAGCCAUGGUAUCUAAGGAAGGUGAAACACUAAGAGCUCGAAAUAAAGAAGCUGCAAAAGAGAUUUUCGCAAAUAAACAACUGAACAAUGAUUACAUCAAGAAGUUUGCAGAGUAUCUGAAAAAUGGAAUAAAAGAAAAUAAGUUAUAAGCUCUUUUGCUGAGUGCUAGCAUUAUGUAUGUACCUAUGUAUGUAUCUUUUUGCUACUAUAAGGGUGAUUAAUAAACUAUGUAUUUUGUGAACU